AUGAUUUGGUAUGUGGCCACUUUGAUAGCAAGUGUGAUCAGCGCCCGAGGUCUUGCGGCUCAAGGUGCCCACGGCCUGCGAGAGGAGCCCGAGUUCGUGACCGCGAGGGCUGGCGAGGCCGUGGUCCUGCGAUGCGACGUGGUCCACCCGGUGACGGGGCAGCCCCCGCCCUAUGUCGUGGAGUGGUUCAAGUUUGGGGUGCCCAUCCCCAUCUUCAUCAAGUUCGGCUACUACCCACCUCACGUGGACCCUGAAUAUGCAGGCCGUGCGAGCCUCCACGACAAGGCGUCCCUGCGGCUGGAGCAGGUGCGUGCCGAGGACCAGGGCUGGUACGAGUGCAAGGUGCUCCUGCUCGACCAGCAGUACGACACCUUCCACAACGGCAGCUGGGUGCAUCUCACCAUCCACGCUCCUCCCACCUUUACAGAAACACCCCCCCAGUACAUUGAGGCCAAGGAGGGCGGUAGCGUCACCAUGACCUGCACGGCUUUUGGGAAUCCCAAGCCCAUUGUCACCUGGCUGAAGGAGGGGACACUCCUAGGUGCUAGCAACAAGUACCAGGUGAGUGAGGGCAGCCUGACGGUGACAUCAGUCAGUCGGGAGGACAGAGGCGCCUACACCUGCCGCGCGUACAGCAUCCAGGGGGAGGCGGUGCACACCACCCACCUGCUCGUCCAAGGGCCUCCCUUCAUCGUCUCCCCUCCUGAGAACAUCACUGUCAACAUCUCCCAGGAUGCGCUGCUCACCUGCCGGGCAGAGGCCUACCCCGGCAACCUCACCUACACCUGGUACUGGCAGGAUGAGAACGUCUACUUCCAGAACGACCUGAAGCUGCGGGUGCGGAUCCUCAUUGAUGGGACCCUGAUCAUCUUCCGGGUGAAGCCGGAGGACGCGGGGAAGUACACCUGCGUGCCCAGCAACAGCCUGGGGCGCUCGCCCUCGGCCUCGGCGUACCUCACCGUUCAGUACCCAGCCCGAGUCCUCAACAUGCCCCCUGUGAUCUACGUGCCCGUGGGGAUUCACGGCUACAUCCGCUGCCCCGUGGACGCAGAGCCGCCGGCCACUGUGGUCAAGUGGAACAAGGACGGCCGCCCUCUGCAGGUUGAGAAGAACCUGGGCUGGACUCUGAUGGAGGAUGGCUCCAUCCGGAUCGAGGAGGCCACAGAGGAGGCUCUUGGCACUUACACCUGUGUGCCUUACAACACUCUGGGGACCAUGGGCCAGUCUGCCCCCGCGAGGCUUGUCCUGAAGGACCCCCCGUACUUCACGGUGCUACCGGGCUGGGAGUACAGGCAGGAGGCUGGCCGGGAGCUGCUCAUCCCCUGUGCCGCAGCUGGGGACCCCUUCCCUGUCAUCACCUGGAGAAAGGUAGGGAAGCCCAGCAGAAGCAAGCACAACGCCCUGCCCAGCGGGAGCCUGCAGUUCCGCGCCCUGAGCAAGGAGGACCACGGGGAGUGGGAGUGCGUCGCCACCAACGUGGUCACCAGCAUCACUGCCAGCACCCACCUGACUGUCAUUGGCACCAGCCCCCAUGCCCCGGGCAGUGUCCGGGUCCAGGUCUCCAUGACAACUGCCAAUGUGUCCUGGGAGCCAGGCUACGACGGAGGAUUUGAGCAGACAUUCUCUGUUUGGAUGAAGCGGGCACAGUUUGGGCCCCAUGACUGGCUGUCCCUGCCUGUGCCUCCGGGACCCAGCUGGCUGCUGGUGGAAGCCCUGGAGCCCGAGACAACGUACCAGUUUAGUGUCCUGGCCCAGAACAAACUGGGCACCAGCGCCUUCAGUGAGGUGGUCACUGUGAACACUUUAGCAUUCCCCGUCACAACUCCAGAACCCCUGGUGCUGGUUACCCCACCGAGGUGCCUCACAGCCAACCGGACCCAGCAGGGCGUGCUCCUGUCCUGGCUCCCACCUGCCAACCACAGCUUCCCCAUCGACCGCUACGUCCUGGAGUUCCGCGUCGGAGAGCGCUGGGAGACGCUGGACGACGGCAUUCCCGGCACCGACGGGGACUUCUUUGCCAGGGACCUGUCACAGGACACGUGGUACGAGUUCCGGGUCCUGGCCGUCAUGCAGGAUCUGAUCAGUGAGCCCAGCAACAUUGCCGGCGUCUCCAGCACAGACAUCUUCCCGCAGCCGGACCUGACUGACGAGGGGCUGGCUCGACCGGUACUGGCUGGCAUUGUGGCCACCAUCUGCUUCCUGGCCGCAGCCAUCCUGUUCAGCACCCUGGCCGCCUGCUUCGUCAAUAAGCAGCGCAAGCGGAAGCUCAAGCGCAAGAAAGACCCUCCACUCUCCAUCACACACUGCAGGAAGAGCCUGGAGUCUCCCCUGUCCUCUGGCAAGGUCAGCCCUGAGAGCAUCCGCACGCUCCGUGCCCCAUCCGAGUCCUCUGAUGACCAGGGCCAGCCGGCAGCCAAGAGGAUGCUGAGCCCCUCGCGCGAGAAGGAGCUGUCCUUGUACAAGAAGACCAAGAGAGCCAUCAGCAGCAAGAAGUACAGUGUGGCCAAGGCGGAGGCCGAGGCAGAGGCCACCACGCCCAUCGAGCUCAUCAGCAGGGGCCCGGACGGCCGCUUCGUGAUGGACCCCUCUGAGGUGGAGCCCUCCGCCAAGGCUCGGCGCAUCGAGGGCUUCCCCUUCGCUGAGGAGACCGACAUGUACCCCGAGUUCCGCCAGUCAGAUGAGGAGAACGAGGACCCGCUGGUGCCCGCGUCCGUGGCCGCCCUCAAGUCCCAGCUGACCCCUCUGUCGUCCAGCCAGGAGUCCUACCUGCCACCACCAGCAUACAGCCCUCGAUUCCAGCCCCGUGGCCUGGAGGGCCCUGGCGGCCUGGAGAGCCGGCUGCAGGCCACCGGUCAAGCCCGGCCGCCGGCCCCCCGGCCCUUCCAGCACGGCCAGUGUUAUGGGUACCUCAGCAGCAGUAGCCCGGGGGAGGUGGAGCCGCCUCCCUUCUACAUGCCGGAGGUGGGCAGCCCCCUGAGCUCCGUCAUGUCCUCGCCGCCCCUGCACGCUGAGGGGCCUUUCGGCCACCCCACCAUCCCCGAGGAGAAUGGAGAGAAUGCUUCCAACAGCACACUGCCCUUGACUCAGACGCCCACGGGUGGGCGCUCCCCGGAGCCCUGGGGCCGGCCGGAGUUCCCCUUCGGGGGUCUGGAGACCCCGGCCAUGAUGUUCCCCCACCAGCUGCACCCUUGUGAAGUGGCCGAGAGCCUGCAGCCUGCGGCCGGCCUCCCACGAGGACUGCCGCCCGCCUCCCUGCAGGUGCCCGCGGCCUACCCAGGCAUCCUGUCUUUGGAGGCACCCAAGGGCUGGGCCGGCAAAUCGCCGGGCAGAGGCCCCGCCCCAGUGCCCCCCACCGCCAAGUGGCAGGACAGGCCUGUGCAGCCUCUCGUGAGCCAAGGGCAGCUGAGACACACCAGCCAAGGCAUGGGCAUACCUGUGCUGCCUUACCCCGAGCCGGCUGAGCCGGGGGCGCACGGCGGCCCUAGCGCGCUGGGCCUGGACACCCGGUGGUACGAGCCCCAGCCCCGGCCCCGGCCCAGCCCCCGGCAGGCCAGGCGCACUGAGCCCAGUUUACAUCAAGUGGUGCUACAGCCCUCCCGGCUCUCGCCUCUGACCCAAAGCCCCAUCGGCUCCCGCACCGGCUCCCCUGAGCUGGCCGCGCGGGCCCGGCCCCGCCCCGGCCUUCUGCAGCAGGCCGAGAUGUCAGAGAUCACGCUGCAGCCGCCGGCCGCCGUCAGCUUCUCACGAAAGUCCACGCCGUCCACGGGCUCCCCGUCCCAGAGCAGCCGCAGCGGCAGCCCCAGUUUCCGGCCCACCGUGGGCUUCACCACUCUGGCCACAGCCUACCCCUCCCCUCCGCCAGGCCCCACGGGGCCUGCAGACAGCUUGGAUGUGUUUGGACAGACGCCUUCCCCUCGAAGGUUGGGGGAGGAGCUGCUCAGACCGGAGGCCCCCCCUCCACCCUUACCGAGUUCAGGGACACAUCUGCCUGCACCCGGGAAUGCUGCUGCACCUGAGAGGCUGGAGGCUCUGAAAUACCAACGGAUAAAGAAGCCCAAAAAGUCAUCCAAGGGCUCCUCGAAGUCAAAGAAACGAUCCGAUGGUUCUGCCUCCCAGGCUCAGCACCUUCCAAACUCUCAGGUCCUGUGGCCCGAUGAAGCUGUCUGCCUCCGGAGGAAGAAGAGACAUUCCCGGCCCGACCCCUUCGCCCGUCUGUCGGACUUGUGCCACCGCCAGCUCCCGGAAGACCAGAAGGCAAUACUCAGUAGCGUGGAGCACGAUGACCCCGGCCACGCCACUCUGCUGUGA